ACCAAACCAUCCAAGGGAGAGAGAAGGAGCUUCAAAAUCACCUCCAUUGCUGCAAAUUUGAGCUCAAGCUUUAGUGCUCAAAGGAAGAAGAUUAAAGAGGGAAAAAGUUGGGAAAAGUGUGAACAAUUAAGGCACUUGUAAAGGGUAUUUCAAGUGAUUUCACAAAGUUGGAAAAAGUCGCCGGAGUUGUCGCCGGAGUUGACCAAGUCGCCGGAGUUUCACCGGAGUUCAACCAAGAAGGGUAGAACUUCUUAACGCUAGUUCAAGGUUGAAGCUAGGGCUUGCUACUUGCACCUUCUCACGGGUGAUAUCAAAUCAGGAAGACGUGAAACAAUUGUGAAACGAUUGUGCUUAUAGUCACGGGGAAUGAGAAAUGGUGAUUUUCUAAAUGAACAUGGGCCCACGGGCGGACUACUUGACUUUUAUUGAAGUAAGUAUAUUUUUAAAACGGGGUAACUUAGGGUUACCACUAUAUUGUAUUACCACCCUAUUUGAGGGUCUUGUGAUUGAAAUACUUGUUGUAUAUCUAUUAGAUGCCAUCCACACCAGCACUUUAUAGCCCUAUAGAGUGCUGACCCCUUCGGGGGCGUCCCACUACCAUUUUUCAGGUUGAGGCUCGAGCUUGCUACCUGUGCCCGUUGCUCGGGUGAUCCUUUGGAGAGAAGACGUGGUUCGUGCUUUCUCCAUUCUGUUUUGAACAUUAAUAAACAUGCUCAUGGAUAUUUUACUUUAGAGCCUGCGUGCUCAUGAAUAGCCCUGUGUGGCCCUUUUGUUUUAAACAAUGUUUUCCGCUGCGUUAUGAAUUACUUAUUAUGUUUGUUUAUGGAUGUUAUAUGUGUGAAUGAUAUUCAAGACGCCUUGUAUAAUAUGAAUGUGUUGGACUGCGGUUGACUAUUCGUAUUGUACGGCGGGUUGUUGACGUGUCCGGGGAGGUCCGGGGCGUGACAAUUAAGUUGGUAUCAGAGCCUUAGUCCAUAAACUUCAUAAUGAAGUCUCGAAAUUCUCUUUUGAAAAUAUUUUGAAAACCAUGAGCAUAGAAGUUUUGUACUUGGAGAGCUUUUGGUACUUGGGUUGCAAGGUCUCUAAUUGUUAAGAUGGUACCCUUAGCAAUUGGUAUGGCGGUGACUCGAGCCAAAAUGUGUCUUAAGUACCUAUCCGUCAAUCGACAUUGAUACGAGUCUAACGACUCCUUCCAAAUUUCUUUCAGAAAUGGACCGUGGUGGCAGGGUUACUAGGAGAAACCCGACGGGCCGUGUACCAGUGGAGACUGGACAGGGCAGUCGAAGGACCUCUAGGGCAUCUAGAGGAGCUGGCCGUGGAGGCCGAUCACAGACCGUGAGUGACGGUCAUGUUGACACAGAAAGUGAAACCUACUGGUCCUAUGAGGACUCGACUUACCAACCGGAGACCGAGCCGGUUGAGACCCCUUACGAAGGGGAUGACGAUGAUAUAAGUGAUGAAGAAGGGGAGAAUGACUCCCUAGCCAGAAUUGAGGCGCUGCUCCAGCAAUACCAGCGGGAGCGCGAGGGAAGGAGGGAACGCCGAAGGCGCCGAGGAGGGCGAACUUCGGGUGGGGCUUCAAGAGGAAGAAGCCAUGGCGACUCUAGGGCCCACAUUGAACCACAUGGGGGCCGGGGUGAUGGAGGUCCGAUCAUAAGGAUCUCCAAAUACCUCAAGGAGGCACGAGACUUGGGGUGCAAACCCUUCAACGGAGCGGGUGACAUCUCGGUCGCCGCGGAAUGGAUCAAGAGGCUGAACGAAGCAGCCCUUGAUAUGCAACUCACCCCCGAGUUUAAGCUAAGGGUGGCGGUGAGGUUGCUCGAAGGGAUGGCAUCCACAUGGUGGGACGGAGCCAAGGGAAAGUAUGGCAACACGGUGACUUGGGAGAAUUUCCGACAGGAGUUCUUUGCCCAAUAUUAUUCUGAUUUUGAGGUGAACGCCAAGAGGAGAGAGUAUACCCUCCUGACCCAAGGGGGCAAAAUGACAGUGAGGCAACUUGAACACAAAUUCAGGGAGCUCGCGGAGUUCAUACCGGAGUAUGUGUGUGACGAGAACCGGAUGGUAAAUCACUUCUGGGAUGCCUUAGACCUGGAGGUGCGUGAGAGGGCAACACAGUUGCCUAAUAUGACCUUUAGCCAAGUGGUCGAGCAAGGGUUGAAAGGAGAGAAAGAAUGGGAAGAGAGAAAGUUGAAAAACGCCGAAGAGGCGAAGAAGAGAAGGUGGGAGAACCAUGGACCUCAAGGUCCUAGCAAAAAGGGGAACCAUGAGGGAGGGGGAUCUUUUCGGACACCCCCACUGCCAUCUAGGGGAAGUCAAGGCCCGAACGGGCAAGGAUCACGGACCUCAGGGGUAGCUCGAUGCAAUAAUUGCAAAAGGAGCCACUUUGGCAAAUGUCGUGACCCUCCUAGAUGCUUCCAAUGCGGGAACACCGGGCACUUAAAGAUGAACUGCCCACAGUUGGGUGGGGCAAGGUCAUCGGGACCAAAUAGUGGGGCUACGGAAACAAGAAACCAAGCCGGGGGUUCCCUAUCAUCUAGGGAACAUGGGGGAGCAAGCGCGAGCAACGCACCAUCGGUGAAUCAAGGAAGGACUCAAGCAAGAGUCUAUGCAAUGAUGGAGGCAGAUGCCCGAGCUAACCCGGAUUCGGUUGCAGGUACGACCGCUUAACUUCCCGUGAUUUACCCAUUCCCCAUCCAUAAAUUGAAGUUAUAAAUCCUAGGAUCCAAGUGGGAUCAGGCGUAGGGUCGAAUUCGGGAAAAGAGGGCAAAACCAUGCUACCACCCGACCGGGUAUGGCGAUAAACCCGACCGGGUAGAGUGGGAAAAUACCCACUGGAACCCAUACCCGACCGGGUAUGGUGAUAAACCCGACCGGGUAAAGUGGGAAAAUACCCACUGGAACCCAUACCCGACCGGGUAUGGUGAUAAACCCGACCGGGUAAAGUGGGAAAAUACCCACUGGAACCCAUACCCGACCGGGUAUGGUGAUAAACCCGACCGGGUAGAGUGGGAAAAUACCCACUGGAACCCAUACCCGACCGGGUAUGGUUAUGUUACCCGACCGGGUACACCUCGAUGUGUUCGUCAAAUGAAAAAGUUGUCUUCAUGAAAGUUGUAGAUCUUUUCAUUAUCUAAAUGAUGGAAUUUGAAUCGAAUCAUUUGGUUAAGUAUGUGAGGAGAUAUGAUCAAAACGGUGAGACAGUGCCGAUUUAUAUCUCAACUACGAACGUCAUCCAUAAUUGAGCAAUAUGUCCACUCUAAGGACAUAAUUUCGAACCAUGUUCUUCAUAAGAAUGGUUGGUAUAUUAGGGGGGCAUCUUACAUGGUUUAUAAAUGUUAGAACGAUAAAGAUUAAUGGAAAGGAUGCAAGGAUCCUUAUCGAUACCUGCGCGCAACGUUCGUUCGUGAGUGGACGUUCGCCGAGGACUUAGAGUUACAAUCAAUACCAAUGACACAAACUUUAGUGGUAUCAACAUCACUAGGGGAUGACGUUGAAAGAACUAGUUACUAUCCACCUUGUGAGGUGGGAAUUGAUGGCCAAACCCUGACGUGUGAUUUCGUACCGCUGAGUAUGAUGGGAUUCGAUGCAAUACUAGGAAUGGAUUGGCUAGAAAAGCAUCAUGCUAGGGUAAAUUGCUACACAAAGGCUGUAGAACUCGAAGGCAAUGAUGGAAACAACCUACGCUUCGAGGGGAAUUGAGGCAAAUCAAACAGUUGUAUCAUAUCCGCCGUGGGAGCAAGGAGUAUGAUGUGAAAGGGAUGUCACGCGUGUCUGGUAUACAUGGUUGACAAAACCAAAGAGGAAAUGAACAUCGCUGAUGUGAGGGUAGUUGUAAGUACCCGGAUGUUUUCCCUAAAGACCUGUUGGGGCUUCCACCUGAUAGGGAGAUUGAAUUCGUGAUCGAGGUCGAGCCCGGUACCGAACCAAUCUCUAUACCGCCAUACCGAAGGGCACCUGCUGAUUUUAAUGAAUUGAAGAGCCAAUUGCACGAGCUAUUGGAUAAUGGGUCCAUUAGACCGAACUAUUCACCGCGGGAAGCACCAGUCCCUUUAUGAAAAAGAAAGGUGAUACCCUACGAACUCAAGUUACAUUAGGAGUAGGCCUUAAGGGUUACUCAAAAUGGAUGGAACCUAGACUAAGGAGUUGUUCAGGGAUUAGAUGACGUGACUACGAGCCGAGCUCUAGCACGUGGUAGUAUGACUAUGAGCCGAGCUCUAGCACGUGGUAGUAUGACUAUGAGCCGAGCUCUAGCAAAAUGUAGUGUGACUAUGAGCCGAGCUCUAGCACAAAUUAGUAUGACUAUGAGCCGAGCUCUAGCAUGAAGGAACAUGAGUUAGCUAUAAAAUAAUAACAUCCUAGAUGGAGGAUCUUGGAAAUUGAAACUUUGAUUAAUCUAAUUACUACAGAAAAUUCGUGGAGAAGUUUCCAGUUUUGACAUCGCCAUUGACGAAGCUCACUCGUAAGGGUCCGAGAACGCAUGCUAGCGUGACCCGUGGAGAAUUUCCGUGAGAGAGACGAGGGUCUCUUGUCACUCCGUGGCCGAGUGGGUGUACCAUCGAAUGAUGAGCUUCGAGAAUCAAUACUGGAGGAGGCUCAUUCACCGACAUACACUCCUGAAUUAGAGAAGAUACAUAAUGUGUUCCAUGUAUCCAUGCUUAAGAAGUAUGUGCAUGAUCCCUCUCACGCAUUGGAGAAGCCGCCUGUGGAGGUACGUGAGGGUUUGAACUACGCUGUGCAACCGAUCAAGGUCACCGAUAGAAAGGUGAAGAAACUGAGGAGUAAAGAAGUUCCAAUGGUUAAGGUCCUUUGGAAGAGUGAUCGGGUUGAAGAAGAGACAUGGGAAACAGAGCCUUUGAUGAGGAAGCAGUAUGCUUUCCUAUUCGAGUAGAGCUGUGAAUUUCGGGGACGAAAUUCCUGUUAAGGGGGGGUGAACUUGUGACACCGCACCCGAACGUCCUUGAAAAUUCAAAUUUAAAAAAAAAAAAAAAAAUCAAAGUUUAUGUAUUGAAUUUCUGAUUCCCAAACAAUUGUGAAACGAUUGUGGUUUUAAGUAAUUAACGAUUGAUUAUUAUACUGUUCGAACUCGUAUAUUAGUAUCGGGCCUUUUUAAUAAAUAAAAGAGCCUGGCAUUAUCUAAAUAGUGAUACAUAACGUUUCGAGACAAGUUGAGGAGGGGCGGGCGGCCCAGAUAUUAUUUUGGGCUCAACCCGCUGAAAUAGCAAGUAUUCGAGAAUGGCGUCGUAGGCCCACUCGGGGGCGACCCACACGGCUUGUAGCCCAAUAAUAUGGAUGACAAAUGUCAAAAUAAGUGAUAGGAUGAUUUGAGAUGAAUACAAAUGCCUAUGAUACCAUCUUUGACAUUAUUGAGCUAAAUAAUGGGAGUAAGAUUUUCUUCUAUGAUACCCACCAAGUAAAUUAUUGAGAUGAACCUACACAUAUUAGGAGAUCAAUAAUGUGAUGAAGGAAGUUGACUUGUUCUAAAUAAAUUAGGAUGAGUACAAAAAGGCAUCUUUGACAAAAGAUAAAACAAUAGGACCCAUCUUCCCAUUUUUGGAAGUAUUGGUAGAUAUUUUGGACUCCAAGUUGAAUGGGAUCAAUUGUGAACCAUUCCACAUGGACUUAGUACCUGCAAAACAAAUGAAAAGAGGUGAGAAGACUAUAUGGGGCGGGCUCUUGGCUCACAUGCACAAAAAAUUCCAAGAGAAAACAAAAGAGGGAGGUCCACCCCAUAUUUGAUUGCAAACCAAAUACCUCCCAUGUUCUUUUGUGAGCCACAUACUCUUUUAGCAUGUUUAGGGUCUCCUAAUACACUCCCCCUACACCCCAUUCGAACCCCCAAAGAGAUAAGAGAGCAAGGGAGUCCACACAACCCAAGAGAGAAAGAAGGAGGAGAGCAGUCCGCAGGUUCGUUCUUCAGUGCGUAGCUCUGACUGUUUGAGCCAUAACUUGAGAUUUACUCAUCCAAAUAAGGCGUGCGAGAUACCAACAGAAAGCUCUCAAGACGAGGAAUCCGUGAAGGUCUGGUUUGCAUCAAUCGGAGUAGUGGAAGACUUCCAAAUCGACCGAGCAAAACACGACCUCGCAGAAUACGUUUUUGUAUUCAAAGUUAGGGAACGAUUUCGUCGGGAAACACCCGUUCUAGGGACUGUUUUUGUGCCUUCAGUUAGGAGUUGAACUAGCACUUUGAAGAGGCUGUUUAACACUCAAUUCCAAGCAAGGAAUCAGUCCUCAAUCUUCCUUGGCCGAAGCUUGGGUCAUUGGAUCGAGAAGGAAAGUUUUAAAGCUCAUUUGAGGUUGAGGCUCGAGCUUGCUACCUGUGCCCGUUGCUCGGGUGAUCCUUUGGAGAGAAGACGUGGUUCGUGCUUUCUCCAUUCUGUUUUGAACAUUAAUAAACAUGCUCAUGGAUAUUUUACUUUAGAGCCUGCGUGCUCAUGAAUAGCCCUGUGUGGCCCUUUUGUUUUAAACAAUGUUUUCCGCUGCGUUAUGAAUUACUUAUUAUGUUUGUUUAUGGAUGUUAUAUGUGUGAAUGAUAUUCAAGACGCCUUG